GCAGGAGCGCACUUCACCAUCAGAAAAUCCCUUCGAUGCGUCCGUCGUCCCUACUCCACACAACGCGACGAGCACGCGGGCACCUUUCGCUUUCGAUCCCCUCCAAGCACUUUCUCUGCCGGCAAACGCAUCACCGUCGUCGCCUCGCCUAGAGCACGCAACACACGAACGAAUCGCUCUAGUCAAAGCGCUCGGCUGCCGCAUCAGUACAUUUCCGAAUUUCGAUCGCGGCGCACGCGAAAAACAAUACGUUCCCUUUAUUAUAUCAUACGAUUAUCGCCAUACACACACAUAAUAUAUAUAUAUAAAUGUAUUAAGUUGGUGUGCGUGAGAGCGGCUAAAGUUGAACGCACUGUAUGUAGUAGUAGUGGUAGUGCUGUCGUCUCGGAUCGUAUACAUGUAGUCCUGCUUGGUGUGCAGCGGAUAGACGUUUCGACUACUGUAGUAUUAGGUGGAUAGUUUCGGAAUCUGUCAUCACGAUUGUCACGACGAGAUCGUUAUUUCAAGAGGCCGCAUUGAUGGCUCCGCGCCGGCACCACGGCCAGGUUCAAGGUUUGCUGGUCGGGAGUAUCGAUCAUCAUCAUCAGCAGCUGGAGCAGCUGUCGGGCCUAACGCGUUGCUGCGUCCCGUCCGGCGAGUGCCUGCGGGCCCAGCAGCAACAGGCCCUCUUGCACGGCGGCGGGAACAACAACAACGAUCCCAUGCUGAUAUCCCUCGACGACCUGAGGGAUACGGUCCGCGUAACCUGUAACAAUGAACAUUGCACAGCCGGACGUUACAUGCACCGGGAGUGCUUCGACUCGUGGGAACAGAGCGUCCUGGCCUACUUGAAGACGUGCGGCAGGGCCCGGUCCUGGUCCGAGAGACAGAGACACCAGAACCUGUGGACCAAGAAGGGCUACGAUCUGGCGUACAAGGCGUGCGGCUGCAAGUGCGCGAGAGGACAUUUAAAAAAAGAUCUGGACUGGAUGCCGCCUCCACCGACCAGUAACAUCUUCGGACGCAUCGAGGAGGUCGAGACGUCGAAGAAAAAGAAACGACGUAAUCGUAACAAUUCGCGUCCAAGUCUCACCAUCGCGCCCCAUCAUUCCCCGAACGAAAGCCGGGGUCGCGCCGGAAGUCUGUCUUCCAGCACCGGAUCCUCGUCUCCUCCGGCGAGCGUCAGUGAACCCAGCAUCUCUCCCAUCCAUGCCAAUUCCAAGAAGAAGUCCAAAUUCGAGUUUUCCGAGAGGCCCCGGGUUGCCGGUGGUGCGAAUGGAAUUUUCACCCGCCGUCUGGACUUCAGUUCUUUCAACGCCCUUCCACCUAACAGGCUGAAUUCUUAUCAGAUAAAGACGGAAGAUGAAGGCAAUCAUGGAAACGACGAUACGCGAUGCUUCAUUUUGUCCACGUUGGCAUCCCAGGGACGUAACAAAGUGCACUGCGUGCUGUGCGAAGAACAAAUGCUAGUUUUCGACAGGUAUCCUUUGGUCGACGGGACGUUCUUCCUGAGUCCACGUCAACAUGCCAAGAGCUGUAUAGAGGUCAAGGGCGAGGGACGCACACAGUUUUUAACAGCAGUUUGCAUGGGAUGCUUGGAAAGGGCUCCGGGUCGUGCCAUCAGGUGCCGUUUCUGUGGUCAACAGUGGGACGGGUCCUCACUUGUUUUGGGAACCAUGUAUUCCUACGAUAUCUUCGCUGCCAUGCCGUGUUGUACAGAACGAAUCAAGUGCAACGCAUGUUAUAAGCCCGUUUUGCAUCCGACGCAGCGCCUAAACUUCUUCAGCGAUUACAGCCACAUGGUUUCGUGUCCCCAUUGCCGCACGGUCGACACGCAUUUCGUGAAGGCAUUGCCGUACUGUUACUCGCGGCAGCAGAUCAUGCAGCGAUCGCUGUCGCUGUGGGCAUAGCCCGCGGCCUCCAGGAAGGCCGCGCGUAACAGUACACCACCCGCAGAGACAUCCCCCCCGUACGAUCUGGACCUGGGGAUGCUCUGGCGGGAAUUGGCCGGUCUUCGUCUCGACGAGUUCUGUCGCAUCCAGCUCGCCACCCGUGUACGAUAGACAAACUUGUAGUUUCAUUUGUUAUUACGAAUGUGUGACACUCUGUAUAUUCUCAAUCCGAAACAGUAGUACUACCCUUUUCAAUUUUUUUUUUGUUUUUAGAUAUCUAUUAUUAAAUUACAACAAUAACAAUUAUAGUUUAGUAGCACAUCACUUGACGUUAACCGUGUAAAUUGUUUAGGCAAUAUUUUUUCAUGAUAAUAACGAGCGACCCCCUCCCGUUAUAGGGUAUACUUACGAAUUAGUUAAAUAAUUUCGAUACGUCGUUAUUAACAGGAACUUUUCUUUUUUCAAAAUCAAGUCGGCAAACUGUGUAGUAAACAGUUUUAAUAUAUCUAGUUCGUGAUUACGUGAAGGACUUGCAUAUUUAAUAAAACCAACCCCUCCCUCCCAUAUACAUGUAUAUAUAUUAUAUCUUUAUUAUACUGCGUAUCGUAGGUUUUAAUAGAUUUAAUCUUUUAGUCUAAUUGAGUAUUUAUUAAUAUUUCUUAAAAUAAUAGGAGAAUUGGUUUUGUUUUUUUUUUGUUGCUUUUGUUUUAUUAUUAAUUCUUCUGGAUGCGAGGGAAACUUUUGAGUUCAUUCGAAAUCCAAAUUUCGGUUUUCCAAUAAUAGUCCGAUUUAUAUCUAUGUGUAUCGAUUUAUCGAAAUUUUGAUGUUUACUAUAACGAGAUUUUCAUUUUAUUGUUAAACUAGAGAUCAUCGUAUAUGUAGUUGAUAGGUGCUUUCUAAACUAGUUCUAUUUUCGUGUAAGUCUUAAACAGUGAUGAUUUUUUAAAAUACAUAAUAUCUAUAAUUAGUAAGCUUCUAAUAAUUAAUGAAAAAAAAUCGAUAAAGGUCGAUUUUUCCACUUCGGAUUAAGAAUGAACAGAGUUAUUAUUUAAAUAUUAAGUUGUUAUGCAUUUUACGGCAUUUAUCCAGUUUUUCGUUAUUACGGGCGAACGCCCCCCCGAUAUUCUUUUUUUUGUUUUUAGCGCUUUUCCUAACGUUAGUAAGGGAUGAGUGACAGACAGAAUAAAAAAAAAGGAUUUAUGGGUCGUGGCGUUCGCCCUCUUUUUUAUUUUUUAUUGUUGUAGAAAUAUAUUAUUAUGUUGUGUUAGCAUUUAGUAUAAUUAUAAUCACUUAAAUGUU